CGUCCUCCAUUGUACCCCAGAAUCAUUGGCUCUAGAUACACUUCCAAGUAUCUUAGAAGGUUAAGGGAAACCUUUCCUAUGUCUUUAGUCUCAUACAUUAUGUCCGAAUCUUUAAUACUUCUGUCACACCGUAUCGAAACAUCAAGGGUCGACUUGGCAUGCAAUGUCCCCUACCCUAAAGACCCCUGUGGAGAAUCCAAGGGAACUGGCUAUAUGAGGUCACUGCUGAUCAGAUUGCUACCAGAAUUCCACUUGUUUCUAGGUUACCCUCGAAACACCCGCCAAUCGUUUCACACUACCAGCGAAACAACGGCAAAGGGCUGAACAAACUCAAAACAAUUGCCUGGACCCUUAUACAAAGAACUCACCACAGCCUUCGCUCCCGUCCCUGGUUACAAACAAAUCUUCAACAUAUGAUCUCACGAUUAACUAUAUCUUACUCAUCUCUAUAUUAUUAGUCUCAUCAUGUCAAGCCCACUCUUUGGCAUCGUCCCUGCGGGCCAACCACUCAUCACAGAACCUUCUUCAACCCCCUCGCCAACCUCACUACUCUACGCUCUCCCCACCACAAAACACUUCUCACAUAUUGUUGUCUUUAUGCUACCAGGCAUAACUCUUCCACCGAGCACUGCCGCAGCAAUUUACCUGGCAACAGCCGCCGAUGUCGCAGCAGCAGCUCAGUCAGGCGGCACACCCAACUUCCGUUUCCUUGGAGGUAUAGGCCCUGGAAAGGAGAGCGCCAUGUUCAAGGUCAGCGGUGGAGGAGAGGCCAGCGAUUUAGUCAUUGGAGUGUCAGUGGAGCCAGAAGAGUCUGUUGGCCAGCGUUUACAAGAGCUCGCUGCCACUAAGUCUGGCAACUCACCAGGCGGCCAGCCCAGUACGGCUAUUCUCGCACAACGCAUCAUCCAAAACGCGUUCAACUUUCUAUCAAGCUUUAGCGGUACAGCAGGACCUGGCGGUGUUGAGGUUGUGCCGCUCAAAGCCUUUGAAAACUGGUGGCGCAAGUUUGAAUCAAGAGUCCGGGCAGAUCCCAGCUUCCUGGAGAAACAGUCAGAUUAGGGUUGGCUGACGGGUAUCUCGAAAUGCAUAUCCAGAGCUUCAAGGUGCAUAGGAAUCGGGCGGGGAAUAUCUUCACCGGCGAAACGGCGAUUUUGGCAUGGUUUUAGGAGGGACUGUUACAAAAGGGCAAGACAAAAGCACUUUGAGCGACUGACAAAAUUGAUUAAUAGA